AACAUACACUAGCAGAAGCUAUAAAGAAAAAUCGAAGCUAUCCAAAUUGUUUUCUUCUUCCGCAUUUUUCUCGAAUUUAGGGGUUAGGGUUUCCUCAUUGGUGUUCGAUUUUAUUAGAGAUCCGCGAGCGGUUGGAAUUGCAAGCGAUUGGAAAUGGGAGUGCCAGCGUUCUACAGGUGGUUAGCGGAGAAGUAUCCGCUGAUUGUGGUGGACGUUAUCGAGGAAGAACCGGUGGUGAUCGAAGGCGUCUCCAUUCCGGUGGAUACUAGUAAACCCAAUCCAAAUAAACUUGAGUACGAUAAUCUUUAUCUCGACAUGAACGGGAUUAUUCAUCCUUGUUUCCACCCCGAAGACAGGCCUUCACCAACAACUUUUGAUGAAGUUUUUCAAUGCAUAUUUGAUUACAUUGAUAGAUUGUUUGUCAUGGUCCGUCCUCGAAAGCUUUUGUAUAUGGCUAUUGAUGGCGUUGCCCCUCGGGCUAAAAUGAACCAACAGCGAUCUAGGCGUUUUAGAGCAGCAAAAGAUGCUGCAGAGGCGGCAGCUGAAGAAGCACGACUUCGAGAGGAGUUUGAGAGGGAGGGCAGAAGGCUUCCUCCUAAAGAGGAAUCACAGCUUGUUGAUUCGAAUGUUAUUACACCUGGCACUCCAUUUAUGGCUGUUCUAUCAAUUGCUUUGCAGUAUUAUAUCCACCUCAGAUUAAAUUACGAUCCCGGCUGGAAAAACAUCAAGGUUAUUCUAUCUGAUGCAAACGUUCCUGGUGAAGGAGAACAUAAAAUUAUGUCAUAUAUACGGCUCCAAAGGAACCUUCCUGGUUUUGAUCCAAACACACGCCAUUGCCUAUAUGGUUUGGAUGCUGAUUUAAUUAUGUUGGCCUUGGCCACUCAUGAAGUUCACUUUUCAAUCCUUCGAGAGAUUGUCUUCACCCCUGGGCAAGAUAAGUGCUUCAUAUGUGGUCAGAUGGGCCAUAUAGCGGCAAAUUGUGAAGGAAAGGCAAAGAGGAAGGAAGGAGAAUUUGAUGAGAAAGCUGAUGGAAAAGCUGUGGCCAGAAAGCCAUAUCAGUUCCUGAACAUAUGGACCCUUAGGGAGUAUCUGGAAUAUGAGAUGAGAAUCCCCAAUCCUCCUUUUGAAAUUGACUUGGAACGCGUUGUGGAUGAUUUUAUAUUCAUAUGCUUCUUUGUUGGCAAUGAUUUCUUACCUCAUAUGCCUACACUUGAGAUUCGUGAGGGUGCAAUCAAUUUGUUAAUGGCAGUAUACAAGAAGGAAUUUAGAUCAUUUGGUGGUUAUUUGACUGAUGGAAGCAAGCCUAAUUUGAGCAGGGUAGAGCUUUUUAUCCAAGCUGUGGGGUCCUAUGAAGAUAAAAUAUUCAACAAAAGAGCACGGUUGCAUCAGCGUCAAGCAGAAAGAAUCAAACGAGAAAAAGCACAAGUUAGAAGAGGAGAUGAUGCGCAGCCUCAAGUUCAACCUGAUUCUCUGGUUCCAGUUGCUAGAUUUCAUGGUUCCCGUCUUGCCUCAGGCCCUACACCUGUGCCAUUUCAGCAAAUGGUGGAGUCUAAUGGUAAUGGAUCCUCUAAUCGCCCACAUAAAGUGCGACGUUUAUCCUCGGGGGCCAAUAUUGGUGCUGCUAUUGUUGAAGCAGAAGAUAGUAUUGAAACAGAUGUGCAUGAGAACAAAGAAGAAUUGAAAGCAAAACUUAAGGAGUUGAUCCGUGACAAAUCUGAUGUUUUUAACUCCAGUAAUCACGAGGAAGAUAAGAUUAAACUGGGAGAGCCAGGGUGGAAAGAAAGGUAUUAUCAAGAAAAGUUUUCAGCAAAAACUCCAGAAGAAAUGGAAGAAAUACGAAAAGAUGUUGUUUUGAAGUUCACUGAAGGUCUAUGUUGGGUCAUGCAUUAUUACUAUGAAGGUGUUUGUUCUUGGAGGUGGUUUUAUCCUUACCAUUAUGCACCCUUUGCAUCUGAUCUGAAGGAUCUUGGCCAGCUUGAUAUUCAGUUUGAGUUGGGUUCCCCCUUCAAACCAUUCAAUCAGUUAUUGGGGGUUUUUCCUGCUGCAAGUUCCCAUGCCCUUCCCGAACAAUAUAGGAAGUUGAUGACUGAUCCAAAUUCACCCAUUAUUGAUUUUUAUCCGACCGAUUUUGAAGUUGACAUGAAUGGCAAGCGGUAUUCUUGGCAGGGUAUUGCAAAAUUGCCUUUCAUUGAUGAAGAGCGACUUCUUGCUGAGGUUGCAAAAAUAGAACACACUUUGACGGAGGAAGAAGCACAGAGAAACAGUACAAUGUGUGACAUGCUUUUUGUGGCUGCAUCACACCGCCUCUCUGAACAAAUCUUUUCUCUUGACAGUCGUUGUAAACAAUUGCCAGAAAGGCAACGGAUUGAAGUCAAGGAGGAAGUCAAACCUGAUUUGAGGUAUGAAUGCAGUGAUGGGAUGAAUGGUUACAUAUCCCCUUGUGCUGGAGAUACACAGCCUCCAGUGUUCAGGUCUCCAAUCAAGGACAUGGAAGAUAUUUUGGCCAAUGAAGUCAUAUGUUGUAUAUAUAGACUUCCAAGAGCUCAUAAGCAUAUAACCCGUCCUCCACCAGGAGUUGCAUUCCCUCCUAAGAUGGUGCAAUUCAGCGAUUUAAAACCUGCACCUGCGUUAUGGCAUGAAGAUUCUGGGAGGAGGCCUUGGGAAAAUGGAAGGCAGCCUGCUGGAGGUCAUCAAAUGGAUCGGCAUAACUCUUCUGGAUCUGUUUCUGGCCAGGAUGCAUCACACAGACUUAUUACUAAUAGCUUACAGUUGAAGAUGGAUCGUAACGGGUUUGGCAAUAAUAUACAGGCUUCAUCAUAUGCGACUGCUACCUAUAACCCAUCAGUCAAUUCCCAUGCAAAUUAUGGGUAUCAUAACCAGGGGCAGCCUAGAAUGGUACCUCCUAGACAAGAUUAUCCUGGUGCAAGUUACCCAUAUUCUCAGAAUCCUCCAUCACGUCAUCCAAAUUCCCAAAGCUACCAUCACUACCAAAUAAAUAACGAAGAAGCUGCCAAUAACAUGCACUACCCUCCAAGACAUUAUCAGGAUGGUCGGGCAAGGCACAUUCCUAUGGCACAAAUGUCAACAGAGGCUGAUCUGUAUCCUUCUCAUCCAGGUGGUUAUGACAGCAGCCGUAGGUACCAGGCACCUGAAAACAGUAGUUAUCAGCAGUGGGGUGGUAGAAUGGCUCCGCAGGCCAACCAAAAUGUUUCUGGAGGGUAUGGCUUAUAUCAACAAGGUGGAGUGAACCAGGGUGUUUAUAGAGGCCGUGACCAGCAGCAACAAAGAGGUAACCAAUCGUAUCAUCAUCAUCAGAGAGGAGACUAUGAAGAAAGAGGAAGCCAGCCACAUAGGGGCAGUCAACAGUAUUAUGGCAGCAACCAACAGCAUGGGGGUAGCCAACAACAGAGAGGAAACCCAUAUUCUGCACUAGACAGGCGAGGUCAUCGGAGGCCCCCCAACCACUAAAGCUCCUCUAACUCAUUUGAUGUUUGAAUUGUUGUAUACUACUUGUUCGAGUGGCUAGGGGUUUCCUUGCGGGUGAAAGAUAAGUCCUUCGUUGUUAGGCAUUAUGUAACGUGGGUUUAUUUUCUUGAUUUGUUUGCGUUAGUCUUAUUGCAUAAGAUGGUCGCUUCUCCCCCCUCUUUUCUGUCUUCUAUUAUAUUACAUAUUUUGAAGGUGGCCGUAAAGUAGUCUUGUUUUUUUUUUUCUGAUCACCUAUCAACUUUUGAAUUGACAUUUUACCAAUUAAUGACUUGAAAAAAACAAUAAUGUCUUGUAUAUCAAGCAUUAUUUUUUCUGUUAUAA